GUUGUGAAAGAUGUCUGAUCCUCGACUGCGAACACUAAAGAUUAAAACCGGUGUUGUCAAACGUUUGGCAAAGGAAAAGGUGACGUACGAGAAGGAAGUCACCCUGCAGAAGGAGAGGAUACAAAAGUACAAGGAUCAAGGGAAAGACAGCCAUGAUAUCAGAAAACAAGAAGAAGUUCUCCAGGAAUCCCUGAUGAUGAUUCCUGACUGUCAGCGCCGCCUUGUCAAAGCUUCCGAAGAACUUAAGAAAAUUCUAGAAUCCGAGCAAGACCUCAAAGAGUCCGAGUCCUACAUCGACGCCGAGAAGGUCCUCGAGGAAGCCGAGAUUCAGUUGCACAAGGACGCCGAGGUUCUCUCUGUCUCCUAA